ACUCGUUCCCAGUUGUUUUUUACCAGAUAGUUUCCUUCUGUAGCAAACGAUCGAUCCAUAAAGUAGACAUUACUCAUUAGCAAGGGAUAAUAUAGAAAAUGGCAGGUUCUCCAACGGACGAAAAGCAAGUGGACCUUAACAAAGAUGAGCAUUUGUUUGAGGAGGAGGGGGCUACUCAUGCAAAGGAGGAGCCAAUGACUGAGGAGGAAAAACAGAGGCAGAUGGAGGAGUGGAAAGAGGAGCUAGCCCGGGUUGAAGGGGAGAUAACCACACUCAGACAAGUUUUAGGAUCCAAAGUUAGAUAUGCCUCAGAACUAAAGAGAAAGAUGGGCAUUACACCAUUCCAGGAGCUGAAGCACGACUUCUCAGAGGGGUUAAAGUCCAUCCAGCAGUCAGAGACGUUCCAGAAGACAAAUGAAUCACUUACGAAUCUCCAAGCCAAAAUAACAGGCUCUACAGUGUAUCAGAAAACAAAUGAAAAACUUCAUGAUAUAAAUGACAAGAUAACACAUUCCACUGCAUACCAGAAAACCUCCUCUGCUAUGAAGACUGCCUCAGAGAAGACAAAUGAGACGGUGAGGAACGUGGCUUCUUCUGUGUCCAAGAAAAUAGGAGACAUUAGGAAUUCUGGUACUUUUAAAUCAAUGGAAGAAAAAGUUGGAGGUGCUUACGCAAAUGUGAAGGCCAAAGUAACUGGAAGCAAAUCUGAAGAUAGUUUUGAGAGUGCUCUUCAGAAAGAUUCAGAAGGAAACAGUGCUGCUAAUGGAAGCCAGCCAACAUCCUUACCGGAGGAGAAAGUUCCUCUCUAGAGAAAGAUGUCGUUUAAUGUCCUUGUUACAACACAAUUCAUCUGCACUGCUUCAUAACACAGUGGCUUCUGGAUUGAAAUGACAUGUAAAUUAACUGACCAAAGUCCAUUAAAAUUGUACAUGUAUGUAUGCCAUAGGUUAAAAAUCAUGCUGCUUUAAAAGUGCAUAUCUGUGUAAGUUUGUAAGUGUUAAAUAAAAUUUUGCCUAGUUUAAUAUUUUCAAGAAGUUUUAAGAAUUCACAGACACUUGCAUCCUCAUUCAUUGAGUUUUCCAUAAGUUAUUCAGUGAUACCAUAGUCUGUGAUGUUAUUAAAAAAUUGUUGCUAAUUUAUUUAUUAUUGCAUUCAUUUUGAGAUAACAUUUAUUUUUGAAACGGAAGAACAGUGUAGCAUAUUUUGAAUCAUAAUAUAUUACAUAGAAAGUCACAUUUUCAAGCAUUAGUUUUCAAGUUGCAUUUUAUUGUGUACAUUUUUUUCCCAAACAUUUUGUUUAAGAUUUUAAACCACGUUCAUUUAAUUUUUGGACAUUGGGAAACAAAGACAAAAACAGUGGCAGUCAUGUUGUUUGCAAUAUAUGUUUAUCUCUUCAAGGUAGUUAAUUUGGACCAAUCAUUUGUAUAAAAAAAUCAUUUACAACUGUGUCAGAAAUGUAGAUAGUCAUGUACCUAUAAAAAUUGCUUAUGGUGCUUGCUGACUUCAUAAAUUGAAUGAUUUUGGAUUUCAAACAUUCAAAUAUAUGUAUCACUGUCAGAACUAUAAAAACAUUAGGAUUGUAACAUGCAAUUUUCUAAACAUUUCUGUUCAAUGUGUUUUUUUUAAAUACUAGUAUAAGAAACAAUAUACCGGGACAUGUACCAGGUAUAACAAUCUUUAGUGUCAGUAAUUUCUGGAAGUGGCCAUAUGAGUCACUCCAAGUGGGGAGAACAGGAGCACUUAUUUUCAUAUAUCUAAGUUGUUAAGAGUAUAUAGUAGGAUGUACUGUCAAUAAAAAAAAGGGUGGUACGGUACUAAAUAUAUUUUAUUUAAGGUAAAAGGCAAAUAAAUAUGUGUAAAUUCAGAAUCAGAUGGCUCUGAAAUAAAAUACUGUAGGAAUUAGAUUUUAUUUUUUGGCUGUGAUAAUAAACAAAAACAAUUUAUUCAUACAUGUAAAAUUAAUUCAAAAAUGUUGACACUUUUCCUUGUAUGCACUGGUAUAUUUUUAUAUAAAGAUUGGAUUACAACAUUUUAAAACACAUGCUGUAUUUUAACUCUGUUUAGACACUUAGGUUGAAAUUCCUUUAGAAAGUUGUACAUUGUAAAACUUUUGAUGGAGAGCACUUUAUAUUAGAUUUAUAUCAAAAUGAAUAUAUAUAUGACACAAGAGAUUUGUAUGGGGGAAAUUUGCAUAUAGUAAUGGAGAGUUAAAAAGGGUGAGUAAAUUAAUGGAGAGUUAAAAAGGGUGAGUAAAUGGUAAGUGUAUUCUGUAAUCAUUAGCCAGCCUUUUUCUCAUUGGUUAAGGGAUAAACAUGCAGCGUCUUCCAUAAUGCUUCUGUCUGUCUCUCUUUUCCUUACAACUGCAUGUACACAGUAUUCUCAAAACCCAUGAACAGUUGAGGAGUAUGUGAUUUCAUAAUGGCUGUAAUGUGUAUUACUAGAAAUGUUUCUGUUCAGCAAUUUCUUGUAAAGCAGAAUACAUGUGUGAAGCAGUUGUAUAUAUAAAUACUAUUUCUAGAUACCUUUUCUGUCAGUGCUAUUACUGCAAUGGCAAUGCAUUUCUUUCCUGUGUUUAUGUCAUAAAUUAUAUCAUAUGAGAAAUAAAUUAUGAAUAAGUUACAA